AUGGCUCUGACACAAAAUGCUACUUUACGGCCUGCUACCCGCGAAGACGUGCCUGUUCUACUGGCAAUGAUGCGGGCAACUGCAGCAGAACAAAAUGUUCCAGAUGCUGUUACAGCAACCGAAGCCGAUAUGAGAAAUGCGAUGGGAUUCAAUCAAACACAUUCCGAUAGUCCCGAGAAACAAGUAAGCGGUGCGCACAAUGGGAAAGCCUUGGUCGUUGAAGCUUCAGAAGGCGAGAUUGCUGGUAUGGCUUUCUAUUUUACCACAUACGUCGCAUGGGCCGCGAAGUCUGGAAUCUGCCUUGAGGACCUCUACGUGCUUCCAAAGUAUCGUUGUAGAGGCUAUGCAAGGCUCUUGGUUCAAGGAGUCGCAAAGAAGGCCGAAGAGCUUGGUUGCUCGAGGAUGGAAUGGCUUUGUUAUAAAGAAAACGACCGCGCUCUGAGAUUCUACCGUAGUCUCGGUGCGAAGGAAAUGGAAGCUUUAAAAUUCUUAAGGCUCGAUGGAAAGGCGAUGACCCGUUUUGCGAAUGAGAGUGCAAAUAUGGAUUGCAUUAAAUAA